AUGCUCGAAGAUGGCGCCGUCGCCCGGCGGAAGAACUACCUGGGGAAGGCUGACUUUGAGAAAGGCCUGAAAGCAUUGGACGAGGAGAUAGGGAAAGAUGAGAUGAUUACGGCCUUUGCCCCUAUUCGGAUGAUCACAGCCGGAGGCUUUUUGGCAGUGAAGCCCCUCAAGGCGGCAAUCAAGAAGACCGGCAAGGAUCUCUAUUUUGAUACCGAGUGGGCAAACGAGGAUAUGGCUUUAUUUGUCACAAAGUCUGCCAGAGAGUAUCUCUUUAGCAAGGCGGAAGAGCAGAAUAUCGUGCUGUUUAGAGGAGAUAACCUUGUUCUCCUGGCAGCCCCUAUGAAGUGGGCGGUUGAACGAAAGAUCAGGAGAAUUUACGCGGCGGACCGUGGGCGGAAGGCCGAGUCCGACCUGAGCGACUGUCUGGCGAUGCUCAAAUAUCUAAGAGAGCAACGGAAUGGGCCCCUGGAUCGCGAGUACAUCCGUACGUUGAACAUCAAUGCUUUCGAUGUGCUGCCGGACGCUCAAACCAUGGACACCAUCGCCGAGGCAUAUCGCGAGAAAUACAACGAGGAGAUCUUCAAGGAGUGA